CCAGGAAAAAAAAAAAAAAGACACAUGGAGCUCAACAGUGGAAAGAGAAUUUUUUGCAGAGGGAGAACAAUUUGAGAGAGAGAGAGAGAGAGAGAGAGAGGAAACAUAAAACCGAGGGAUUUUGUUGCGAGUUUCGUGUUUGGUUAUUUUUUUCUGUAAUUUUUUUAUCUCAAAAAUCCUUCUCUCUCACUCUGUUGGAAGCGGAGGAGAGAGAAGGUUGAGUAUCUCUCCUCUCUGCCUGAAGUGAUUGUUUUUUUGGGGGACUUUUUGAGUUUUACUUUAUCUUUUUUAAUUUUUUUUGUCUGGUCAGUUUUGGGGAUUGAAAGAGAGAUUAGGGUUUGGUUUCGGCCGUGACAGAAACCAUGAAUGUGAUGCGUCGAUUAAAGAGCAUUGCUUCUGGUCGGACAUCUAUAUCCUCUGAUCCUGGUGGGGACUCCUUGACCAAGAGAGUGAAGGUUGAUCAAGAUACAGAUCACAAGAUCGAUGGAGAAUUAAUUCAAGAUGAGAGAAGUGCCACGGGUAUGGAGCAGCAUAUGGCUUCUACAUCACUGGAAAAUGCUGCAAGCACAUCAGACGCAACUUCGAUGACCAGAACAGAAAAAUCAGGUUAUGAUCAGCUUCCCAAAGAAAUGCGUGAAAUGAAGAUCAGGGAUGAAAAAAACGCCAACCAUGAUGAAAAGGAUAUGGAGGCUGCCAUUGUGAGUGGUAAUGGAACUGAAACAGGUCAGAUAAUUGCAACUACAGUGGGUGGUCGAAAUGGAAAACCGAAACAGACAAUCUCAUUCAUGGCAGAGCGAGUGGUCGGAACUGGUUCUUUUGGUGUUGUCUAUCAGGCUAAGUGCUUGGAAUCUGGCGAAGCAGUUGCAAUAAAGAAGGUGCUGCAGGACAGGAGAUACAAGAAUAGAGAACUUCAGAUCAUGCGCUUACUUAACCAUCCUAAUGUUGUUGAGCUGAAGCACUGUUUCUUUUCAACUACUGAAAAGGAGGAAUUAUAUCUUAACCUUGUGCUGGAGUAUAUACCUGAGACAGUCCACCGAGUAUCUAGGCAGUACAACAAGAUGAACCACCAAAACAUGCCUUUUAUAUAUGUGCAACUUUAUACAUACCAGAUUUGUCGAGGUCUAAAUUACUUGCAUCAUGUAGUUGGUGUUUGUCACCGUGAUAUUAAGCCACAGAAUUUACUGGUCAAUCCCCAUACUCAUCAGCUAAAGAUAUGUGAUUUUGGGAGUGCAAAGAUGUUGGUGCCAGGUGAACCCAACAUAUCAUAUAUUUGCUCACGAUAUUAUAGGGCACCAGAGCUUAUAUUUGGGGCUACAGCAUACACAAAUGCAAUUGAUAUGUGGUCUGUUGGUUGUGUCUUGGCUGAGCUACUUCUUGGUCAGCCACUGUUUCCUGGGGAAAGCGGAGUUGAUCAGCUGGUGGAAAUCAUUAAGGUUCUGGGAACACCAACUAGAGAAGAAAUUAAGUGCAUGAAUCCCAAUUACACUGAAUUUAAGUUCCCUCAGAUUAAAGCUCAUCCAUGGCACAAGAUAUUUCACAAGCGAAUGCCCCAAGAAGCAGUGGAUCUUGUAUCAAGGCUACUGCAAUACUCGCCAAAUCUACGUUGCAGCGCUCUGGAGGCAUGUGCUCAUCCUUUCUUUGAUGAUUUGAGAAAUCCCAAUGCAUGCUUGCCUAAUGGACGAGAACUACCUCCCUUGUUCAAUUUUACAGCGCAAGAGUUGGCUGGUGCAUCUGCUGAACUGUGUCAACGUCUCAUUCCAGAGCAUGCAAGAAAAGAAGAUUGCUAAACCUGAGAUGGUGAAAUCAGUAGACAAUGCAACUCAAUUUUGGAUGCUUAGACACCCACGCAAACCAUUCUGCCUGCCCAUUGUUGAGGCUCAACCAUCUUUGACCUCCAGAUGGGGAUGGUUAAGAUAGAUAAUAGGAGAGUUUUACAAGAUUAGGCUGGUGGAUAUGCCGUCAGAAAUACUUUUUGGAGCUGCAGAUUGAAGUAUCCAGUUGAAUUAAGGGUACUGGCGAUGAGGUUCCAACUUCCAAGACCAUUUCCUUUAGAAUGUGGUGUUUAUAUGCUCAAUGAGUUGUUACAACUGUGUUAUCAUGUUUCUCGUAUAUGGUUUAUGGGCAUUCGUUGAGAAGAAUUAAACAGAUCAUCUAGAUGAAUUAUGAUGUCUACAUUUUACCUGGUUCCUUCGGGUGUUAUAUCAAAAUUCAAUUUUCCGGGUUAUGUCCGGUUUCUGCCAAAA